AUGCUCCCGUUAUGGGCCUUUAUUGUCUUCUACAGUUAUGGAAUCCCGUUGUUCCUUGUGUAUUCUCUCAUUUUGUAUGUCUUGAUCUCCAAGAGGAAGAUAUUUCACUCACAGUUUUAUCGAAUCAUUGUGAUUUUCGGAUUCAAUGUAGGUUCAGAAACAGGUACCCAAAUGCUUAUUGUGAGUAAUAAAAUCAGGCAUAAUUUGUUGCAGGACCUCCUCGAAUACCUGAACGCCCAAUUUAUCCUUCGCGGGCCACUUUGUACAUUCCUCUAUGAUCGUAUCUUUUCGGGUAUUGAGAACGGCGUCACGUGGUACCCAAUUUUCUUUCUCUUUCUUCGAGUAUCCCUGGAGCUGGUAGCUUAUUUUGGAACGGCCGUUUUGGCCUGGAAUCGAGUUACUUCGUUUCUUUUUCCAACAAGACAUAAUCAGCUAUGGGAACAAUUUUUGAUUCCGACAACGACAAUCAUCUACGCGAUUCCAUGUCUUCUUUACGGGUACAUUUUGUUGAACAGAGCGGUGCUUUUGUGUGGAAAGGAGAAGAACGAGAUAACUGCCUGCUUUGUGAACUAUGACCACUCGGUUGGAUUCUUGGGUGUAAGUGAAGAAAAACCCUGAAUAAAUUUGAACAGAAGACUGCUCAAUGCGGUUCGAAAUGAGUGCCGUGUUAAACUUUUUUUUCUUCCAGCUAUCAGUCGGCAGUGUUGACAAGGUCGCUUAUGUUAUUCUCCCUGUUCUUGCUGGAUCUUUGAACACAACCGCUCUGUUCCUACUGUACCUUCGGAAACGGUCGCUCAAGAGCACCAAACAGUGGCGUCGAGAGAUUCGCUUCACAAUUUGUUCCACCAUGACAUUUCUUUCGCAUCUAUCUCUUGGAAUCAAUGCAGUAAGCCCCUUGUAACAGGGGAAGCAACCCAAUUGCGACGCUCAGAUUUUGAUGAAAAUAGGCACAAAUUCAAAAUGACUUUUCUUAAAAUACAUGCGAGAAUCCAAGCUUGCGUUUUGCAGAAACAACCGACAUUUUUAGAUCGAAAGUGGGCGAAAAUUUGACACCUUUUUGUCGAAUUUUGGCACGAAAAGUUUCAUGGCUAUUCCUACCACUAGACAUGGCUGGGGGGCCGGGCCGGGCCUAAAAUUGCGGCCCGGCCCGGGGGCCGGAAGGGGUCGGCCCGGCCCCGGCCCCCUUCAAAUUUUCUCGGCCCGGCCCGGCCCCGGCCCCCAGGGGGCCGGGCCGGGCCGGGGCCGACAGGGGGCCGAACUGUAAAUAUAAAUACUGCAUUCAUUGCGAGAUAUAACACACUUUUUUGGGGCUUUGGUAGUUCAGCUCCCUACGAAAGGUAGUUAAAACCCCCACUGUUUUGUCCAUUUCACACCCCCGUAAUUAAAAAAUUAGAAUUAUACAAAAAAUGCAAAUUAGAGUAAAAUGACCCCAGGCGUUUUAGUUCAAAGCCCCAGUUACCGUCCAAAUUCGUUUUUGUGGUUCAGGCAACGAUGAUCGUAGCCGAGAGAAGCCAAUCCCGAGUAGGCGCUUCAGAUUGGAUGAGGGAGUUUAUACUGGGUCCAGGGGGGCUGAACUGGGCUGGCGGAUUGUAUUAUACUACCCUAGUCCCCAUUUUUUUGUUAUAACAAUCGACAAUAAAUUUUUGAAACAAAAAAUUACCAACCAUUUCCUAAAGUACUUCAAAAAACCCAAUCGGUUCUUGGCUCUGCGUUUUAUUUUUAUUGGCAACCCUAAUUUUCGCUUUGAAACUGUGAAUUUUAGUCAUUGGGGGCCGAUUGGGGGCCUGGCGGGGGCCCCCGGUCGGCCCGGCCCGGGGGCCGGAAGAGGUCGGCCCGGCCCCGGGGCCUUUAAAACUCGUUCGGCCCGGCCCAGCCCGGCCCCCCGGGGGGCUGGGCCGGGCCGGGCCGGGCCGGCCCGGCCCACUAGCCAUGUCUACCUACCACAAAGGGUAAUGUUUCCACAAAAAAUCAAUUUUUUCCGCAUGGAAUGGGCAAAGUUAUGGCCAAAAAGUGUUUUCCCCUCUGUCCGCUUUUUUAGCGUACUCUCUCGGCGGCAAAAAUCGUUCAAUAUCUCGGCGAUGCCUGAAAAGCACAAGCUAAAACUUUCGGGAAUUGUUAUCGAGUUUAUGCCCGACGUGUACCCAAAAUUUAAAGAAAAUCGGAGCGUCGCACUUAGGCUACUUUCCUGGUAAGCCGAAUUUUAAACUCCAAAAAUUCAGCAAUUCGUCACAAUAACUGUUGAUGUCGAUCAAGCCACAAACGCUGCAUAUGUCCUGGGAAUCCUGCUUCCAUGCAUCUACGACUUUAGCAUGCUGGUUACAGUGGCUUCGCUAUUGUUACCAUCAAAAGCGCUGAGAGCGGAGCUGCGCGCGCUCUUCAAACUCUCGAUGCCUUAUGGUAGAGAGCAUGGAUCGUCGGUCACAAAAACUCAACCAAUAAAUGAGGAGCAUUUCAUCCGACGAUGGUCGCGAAAAAUGUCGGUCCUUUUCAGCUAG